GAUGCUCUUUCUCAGCCCGUGACAACGUCUCUGGCAGCGCUCGGCCAUUUCACCAAGGCACCAAGAUAGCUUGUGAGAACCAAGAAGGCAAGAACCAUGGCGGCAACAACUGCCGCCGCCGCGGGGCUUAACAUGAAGCUCCUCGUCGACACCAAGGCGCAGCGCAUGCUGUUCGCGGAGGCGAGCAAGGACGUCGUCGACUUCCUCUUCUCCCUCCUCGCCCUGCCCGUCGGCACGGCCGUCAAGCUGCUCGGGGAGGAGUCUAUGGUCGGCUGCGUCGGCAACCUCCACGCCAGCGUCGGCGUGCUCGACGAUGCCUACGUCCUGUCCGGCGCCUCCAGGAACUCCCUUCUCCGCCCACCGUGGCCUCGCCGGCGGCCAUCACCGGCUGCUCCCUCUUCGGCUUGCCGGCGCCCCGCCCCGCCCCAGCACCGCCCCGUCCAAACAAAUUCUUCAGAUCCGGCGGGAGAGGUGCAGUUCCUCCCAUCUGCCGGGUCGCGGCAGCCGGCGGAACAGGAAGAGUCGCCCCGCGGCGGCGGUGGCGACGACGGGUUCGUGCAGGCCGUCGUGACGUAUACGGUGAUGGACGACCUCACCGUGAAGCCCAUGUCCGCCGUCACCAGCAUCACCCUGCUCACCACCUUCGCCGUGGCAGACCUCGCCGCGCUCCAGGAGAGGACCGUGCGGAUCGGCCACGCUGAGGCUUUGGGGAUCCUCAAGGCCUCGCUGCAGUCCAAGACUGUCCUCACCGAUGUUUUCCUCAAUAAGAAGGCAGCUCCCGGCGAUGCUUGA